AAUGAGGAAUUUCAGAGGUUUUUCGGUCUGUUUUGUGUUGUAGGGAAAAAAAAAGAUGAGCAGAACGGGUGCAGAAAUACGUGCAAGCAAACAAAAACCAAACCAAAGAAGCUGGAUUAAACGAAUGAUGGGUAAUGAUUCUAAAGGGCAGUCCAGUCCUAUUAUUAUAAGUGAGAACAAAGUCAAGCUGAUACAAGAGCGUAUAAACCUCGUGGAGCGACACUUUGGUCAGCUGUGUGAUGAUGUGGCAUCUUACACGCGGAAAUGUGCCCGCCUCAGGGAUAAAGGUGAUCAGAUAGCGAAGGACCUGGUGGAUUAUACAGAUGCUGAGACCUACAACCCGAGCAUGGUCAGGUCACUGUCAGAGUUUGCUUCUAAUCUGUCUUCAGUUCAGGACUACAGACAAGCUCAGGUAACAAGAUUGGAAGCCAAAGUUCUGACACCUCUUGCAAAUUAUGGACUAAAAUGUAAACAAGCUAAAAAUGAUAUCAAGGAGGGAAUGAAAACACAAGAACUAGAAGUAAAUCAGCGUAAGAAGCUGGACAGACUGCGACAGAAAGCACCUGCUAACAGAGCCCAGCUGACAAUGGCUGAGACAGAGCUACAGAAAGCCAGCGUCAAGGCGUCAGCUGUCACAAAGAAUUUAGAACAGCUGAUUGAUAAAUUUGAAGAGGAGAAACUAAAAGAUCUAAAGAAAAUAUUGACAGACUUUGUCAAUAUUGAGAUGAUCUACCAUGCCAAAGCUUUAGAAAUGUACACAGAAUGUUUCCAGAAUAUUAAAUCAUUUGAUUUGGAUGAAGAUAUAGAGGAAUUUAGGUCCAAAAUGCAGCCAUCAAAUUCUGCCACCAGAAUGAACAUGGUAAGGUCUUCCUCUUACACAUCACUGGAGUCAGCGGAGGACCGACCUCCACCCUCCAAUCUCCGACGACAACAGUCCGCCCCCACCAGUCGUAACGUCACCCCCACCAAGUCAGCCAAUACUAGUGCCUCAUUACCUCUCAAGUCCACCAUGGAUUCUAGGUUUGACUGUAGUGUUUAA